AUGUUCAACAUCGGGUCCUUGACAUUUGUACUUUUCACUGCUCAGAGUGUUCUGGCCGUGGGUAGCCCAUUCGGUUUUGCUACGGGUACAACUGGAGGUGCUGGUGCAGCACAAGCUAUUCCGACGUCCGCUGCACAGCUCAAGAGUUGGCUUGAGGACAACGUUACUCGCAACAUCCUUCUCGACAGAACUUAUGAUUUCACUGACACUGAGUCACUGGAGCUGGAUGCAAGCCUUGGAGUUGCUCGCCUAACCCGCAACUCGCGAUCAACGCCGCAAGCAACUGGUGCGGGUCUAAUCCUGCGGCAAGCCACUGUGACAUACAAAAAGGCCGGAACCUCUGGCAUCCGUGUCAAAUCAACAAGACCAUUCUGGGAAAAGGCACCUCCGGGUGGAUCAAAGGAAAGGGUUUAUUACUUAAUCAUAAUUACGGCUUUGGAGCCGCUAAGCAGGUCACUAUCUCAAACAACUACUUUGAUGGUCAAACCACCUGGUCGAGGUACUUCUGGGUACUCUUUGACCGUCCAUAUGUACAACAACUACUUCAAUGACAUCACCGGUCAUGCUAUCGAUGCUGACGUCGGUACCAAAUUGUUGGCCGAGGGCAACUACUUUAACAAUGUCAGAACACCGUCUACUGGAAAUACAAAAGGAGCUGUUUUUGCGCCAACCUCUUCUUCUAUGAAUUCUCAGUGCUCAGGAACUAUCAGUAGGAACUGUGUAUCGAAUACCCUUGCGGGAUCGGGUAGCCUGUCCAACACCGCGAAUACUGGCGCUAUCGGGGCUUUCACCGCCUCUGUGGUCAAGAGUGCUUCGGUGAUGGAUCCUGCAUCAGUUCCCUCGUUUGUCUUGGCCAACGCGGGUCUUGGAAAGGUUAAUUGA